GCAGAGCACAUAAGAGACGGGGUAUCUGGUCCGACAGCUUCAGUUUAUUAUCGUCGCGUCUUAAAUAAGUAACAUUAAAAAUAAUAAAAAAUAAUAGAGCACUCAGUACUCACCGGUAGACGAUCAUCCCCUGAAGAAGUUGUGGUGCAAAAAUGCUGAAGUCUGCCAUCAGAUUUGACUGAUCGAAUCACCAAAACCAUCACCUGGACGAACAUCCGGAGGAAAUAACCCGGAUAAAUAGUUCCCCAGCUGUUGAAUAAUGGAAUUAACCGGUGAAAGUUCUUAAUAGGGUGCCAUGACACCCGGAGGAUCAAUCAGUCUGAAAUCCACGAAUAAAUCUGAAGGAAUAAAUCAUCAAUCGAGUUAUUAAUUGAAUAUUGAUAUAAAUUGAAGAUGCCGGCGUGUUCAAGUGAGAAUAUGCCCCGAUAUUACCGAUCUCCUUCAUCUUCGAGGUGCAGUAGUGCAUCCCCAGUGCUUCCCAACUCUCCCCUGUCGACUUCUCCUAAAUCAUCGCACCCCAUGACCCUGAGCCCGUCGACCUCCACCAGCAGUUCGAUCUCCACUUGGUCAAACUCCUCGCAGACUCGACCCUCUCGCAGUCCCCAGGAUGAUCCGUGCACCAGGAAAUCUCAAUCCUCUCCUCGAGACGUCAGAUCAGUCCUGAGAGUGUGUCACCUCCUGUCCCCGAGAAGGCUCAUCUCCUGGUACUUUAGCAUUCUCCUGAGUAUCAUGAACACCAUCUACGAGGCACUCCUCUUCACCAUUCGUGCACCAGCGCUCUGGGCGUCAGCUUGGCUCUGCCUCGUCGUGGUGAUUCUCCAGCUGCCGCUGACAAUUAUCAAGUGGUUACUCAUGCUCCUCCAUACACCGGCGUCAGAGCUCACCCGGAGGAAACGAUGUGUCCUGAUCAGUGGUGGUAGCACAGUCCAGGCUGUCCACCUCGCACGUAAUUUUCACAAAGCUGGUGCCCGAGUGAUCAUCUGCGAGGUGGAGGGCCUCUUCAGUCUAGCUAGAUUCUCCACUGCCUGUUCGAAAUUCUACACAAUCCCGAAACCAGGACCAGGCAGCGCUGCUGAUUACGUCAACGCCCUGAAAACAAUCGUCGAGAGAGAGAGGGCAGUGUACUACAUCCCAGUGUCAGCCGCCAAUGCAGCGUACUACGACGCCCUGGCAAAGCCCCACCUGGAGCUAGCAGGUUGCGAGUGUUUCGUACCAGGUGCAUCAGAAGUCACGGCCCUGGACGAUCCCCUGGAGCUUCUACGGAGGUGUCGCCUCCUCGGAUUGACUACACCAGUGCACUUUGUCCUGAGAUCCACAGAGGACAUCGCUGCCCUCUACGAGACCGGCGCUCUGAGGUCGAGCAGGCACGUGAUGCUGGCAGCAGGUCCAUCCGGGAUGAGAGACCGUGCGAAGGUCCACCUGCCACUGAAUCCCGAAGAAUUCAGGGGGAUGCGACAGGAAAUAAGCGAGAGACGGCCCUGGGUGAUCAUUCGUAAUCCUGGUGGUCCUCACUUCAUCACCUGCACAACCGUCAAGGACUCCAGAGUCGUGGCAAAUGUCACCUGUCGAGUCGACGAGGACAAGGGACUCAUUCCCGAGGUCCGGGGCGAUGUCGCCCAGUGGCUCGACAGAUUCUUCGCCCGAUCAUUCAGCAGCCGGAUCAACGGGCACCUGAGCUUUCGCCUCGUUAUCACCGGUGACGAGGUCAUCACCAUCGGCUGCAGAGUUGGUGUUGGUAUGCCCUACGUCUGCCUCACCAGUGUACAUCCCAGGCUCGUCUGGAGGCCCUGCAGGCACUUCUCCAGGCAGAAUUCAGGACCUCUUCUCGUUGGGGAGGAGUACCAGGGCAGGGGCGCGUUCCCCAGUGCCAUCAAGCAGGCGUCAACACUGAAAAUCAAUCCUCAUCGGUGCCCCAUUGACAAGAGGGAGGCCCUCUUCGUGUACUGGGAUCCACUACCCUAUUGUGUCUACUAUCAUCUUCAGCUACCUCUUCUCAGGAUUGCUGGAGCUUUUCGAGAACGUGCCCAGCAUAAUCCUCCGUUGGCUGUUGUCGUACAGUAGUUUUUGGGCUUGAGGGAAAACCAAUGCUCGAUCAUUACCUCCAGGAAGACCUCCAGGUUCAUCGCGGGUUCAAAUGAUAGAAAUAAACGAGAGGUGGAGGUGCGAAUCCAUUGAUUUUUUUUUCUGGAAUCGGAGGCAUCAUCACGUGAAUUACCUGGAGAAGGACCAGGUGAAUUACCAAGGGAAUCACCAGUGGAAUCGCCAGGGAAAUUACCAGGAGCAUCACCAGGAGCAUCACCAGGAGCAUCACCAGGAGCAUCACCAGGAGCAUCACCAGGAGUACCUGCGGAAAGGCCAGGAAUACCUGCAGAAUCACCCGGUGAAUUACCAGUGCACCAACGACUUUUCAUUGAUUAUAUUUAAUCAUCAUUCUGGACUCCUUGAAAUUAUAUUAGUUAAGCUGAAUGUCGACCUGAACCUCUGGAGACACUCGUCCGGAUAAUGCGAUGUGAGUGAAUGUCUUGGGUCAUGCGUGUCAUUAUUAUCGCGUAUUUAAACCGAUGGAUUUGCCUCUUAUUUUUAUUUUUUAAACAGUUGUUUAUUAUUUUAUGCUGAUCAGCUGCAAGUGUGGGGAGUACUUGGGGUUUUGAUGAUAUUACUAAAUUAGAGACUGAAAGAGAUGUGGACUGAGUGGAAAAUAUUUCAUUGUUUUAUCGGGUAAACGCUGAUAUUGGGGCUGCGAGUCAAAGUGCUAAGAGAAGACUUCAUGACGAGAUCAAUUAUCGAUUACUGUAUGAUCAUAUUGUACAAAUUAUUUUUUUAAGGAUUAUUGUAAUAGGAUUUGUACAGAAUAUAUUGAAAAUCGAAUUCUUGAAAA